UACGCUCGAUGACGCGCUGCGCUUGCGGAACAGGGUGUCAGCGACAGCGUGACAGCGUCCUUUCUGCAGUUGUAUCAGCUAGGAUUUGAAACCAAAAUUAUAGGUGAACAGCCAUACUAUUAACCUUGCAUGCAAUAAUAACCUCUUGAAUGUAUUGGAGAUGUCUGCGACUGACUGGUACGCGCAUAAGUCGCUGGAAAAUGGCGUGUUUUGGAUCCAGGAGCGGUUUUAUGAAUCGGGGAACAGGGCGAAUAUCUGGCUCAUACGUGGGUCACAUCAGGACGUGGUCAUAGACACUGGACUGGGUUUACGGAGUCUGCCUGACUACAUCAAUAGUAAAGGGCUGCUUGGGGACGAUUCGAAGCGCAAGAACCCUCUGUUAGCCAUUGGCACGCAUGUGCAUUUUGAUCAUUCGGGUGGGCUGCAUCAGUUUCAACAGGUGGGCGUGCACAAGGCGGAGGUGGAUGCUCUGGCUAACGGUGACAACUUCGAGACCGUGACAUGGUUAUCUGACCGCGAGAUCGUGGAGGAUCCAGCGCCUGGAUGGAGAGCAAGACAGUACAGGGUGAAGGCUGUUACACCAACACAUAUAUUACAAGAAGGCGAUGUUAUCGACCUUGGGGACCGGCAGCUUACUGUUCUCCACAUGCCGGGCCAUUCCAGAGGCAGCAUUUGUCUCCAUGACAAGGAGAACAAAAUGCUGUUCAGUGGAGACGUGGUCUAUGAUGGUUCCAUGAUUGAUUGGCUACCCUACAGCCGGAUCAGCGACUACACCCGUAGCUGCGAAAGGCUGGUUGAGAUGGUCGAUAAAGAGGAGAUUGACCAGGUCAUGCCCGGCCAUUAUAACACUUUUGGGAGCAAGCGGCUACACCGGUUAGCCUCCAACUACAUCGCUAGUGCCGGCACCUGCCAUAGAGCCUCCACCUGUGUGGUGAAGUCCAUUGCCAGCCUGGCGCUUCGAGCCUCCAACUCAAGAAGUGCCUGCUAGUAGUUAUGAUAAAGAUUACUAUGCAACAACGUAUGUCAUUGCAGACCUCAAUAUGGAGCACACUGAAAACACUCAGCAAUACAGUGUGCUAAUGAUUAAGAGAUUGAUAGUAUUAUUUGUGUUGAUCACAGUUCAAAAUAAUGUCAAAAAUAUGCUGCAUAAUAUCCAUCAAAUCAUCAAGAAGAAUAGUACGUUGUCAUAUUUUAAAGGUGCUUUUAGUAAUUUUCAAUGCUAAUGGUAGUUACAUGUAAGACUGCUUAUAAAAACUAAAUUGUCAAGCAGCUCAAUAUAUUAAGGUUGCUUUUUUCCCCCUACCAGUUAAGUGCAAAUCCAUUAUCCUCUAUUAUAGUUUCAGUAUCACAUAGAUGCUAUAAUAUAUUACUAAAUAUAAUUUAUUAUAGUAAAUAUUGUAAUUUUUAAAAUUUUUAAGUGGUAUUUUAUGGUUUUAAUUAUUUUUUAUUGAUGUACUUUAAUAACCCUGCUUGUGACGGAAACACUAAAAAAACUGACUGGAAUAGUUUUGGACUCCACGUUCCAGGAACGAUGUUUGGAGAAGCGUAUUUGGAUGCAGCAUUCUUUUUUUUUUAAAUUCCAUUUGGGUAACUACUAGAAAUUACACGAUGCACCUUUAAUAAAUAAUAUAAUUAUAUAAACAAUUGGUAACUGUGAGGUGCCAUGAAGUAAAGACUUGGUAUGUCUAUAGAUAAUUAAAUAAAACAAACCACAUCAGAGACAUUGUAGCUGACAAUCUGUAAUCUUCCAGUCACCACUUGAAGUAUUCAGUGAAGUAUUCAGAUCUGUUGCAGAUGAAUUAUCUUUGAAGAGACAGCGAUGUGUUAGUUAAAAUGGGAGACCAGAUGAAUUAUUAGCAAACUGCUGACUUGUUCUCUAUGCCAGUAUCUGCAUGAGAUAUUGAUGUAGCACAGCAUGGACGCAGCAUCAUUCUAUUAUUCUAUAGGCUCAGUGUGAAUUGUGUUGUGUAUGUGAUCGAAGUGCAUUAUUAACAAACAAAAUCAUAAUCUUUCAACAGCAGUCGUAUUAGUCAGGAAAAAUGACUGAAAGAUGAUUUUUGUUUGGUUUAGUUCUGUAAAACUGCCUCCGUACUAGUAGUUGUCUUUGCCGUGUGCUUAUUUGCUAACUGCACAAUGACUUUGAUUUGAUUUAUUUGUAUUGGUAAUUUUUAUAUCGAAGCACAUAAGUCAGUAUGGGUGACAGUAGGUAAUUUGUGGAUGGCCAAAUGCUGUUUUCCCUCUCGGUAAUUCACUGACUUUGUUUAAUCUGACAUAAUUGUAAGGGCGUCCUCUUUGGUGUUCAAAUGUGAUGAAAAGAAAAAAAAGUGUAUGAAAUGAGAUGCUGUAUAAAACAAGUUGUUGGUGGAGAUAUGAGAAUGACUAACAUCAAGUCACUCGUUUAUGUUGCCAAACUACAAAUAUGCUGCUUGACUUUUUUGAUGUCAUUUUCAUAUUGCUGACAUGUCAUUUUCAUAUCAUCAAUUGAAGAGUAAUAUGUUUAUGUGAAUGUGAUGGAGAGUGAUGCAAUAUAAAUAUAUUAUGUAUCUACAGUU